AUUGCAUUGCAUUGCAUUGCAUUGUAUUGCUCCCUUCGAUCUUGAUGCACAGCUGCAAAAUACCCGCAGGCCGCAGAUUGACGCUUCUCGCUCCUCUCACGACCGACCGACUGAUACCGGACCAUAUAGCGCUCAGGCACAUUGACUCAAUAUUCACAAGGGCUUGCAGCACACAAACCCUCUCAUCUCGAACCAAAACGACGCCCUUCUGUUUUCGCAGACAUGACCACAGCCGCGACAGCACUGAUCGGCCAUGAGGAUCUCUGGAACGGCGGUCGCCAGCGAUGUCUCGUCACCUUGAACUUGCCCCAGCAGUCCAGACCAACGGACAUCAUGAUCAUCGCUACGGUCUCACAGAGCGACGCCGGCAAUUUCACUUUCUACGCAUGCGAUGCAGUGUGUCCGCAUAGCGGUGGUCCGCUCUACCUCGGCGACAUCGAAGAUCUUGGCUCCGAGAUCAAUGUUGUCUGUCCCUGGCACGAAUAUCGGUUCAGCUUAGUCUCGGGUCUCAGUACAUCAUGCGAGCUGUUCAAAGCCAAUGUCUACAAGGUCCUCAGAGAACCAGAAGGUAGCAUAUAUCUCGAUUUUGGCGAGGGCAACAAUGUCUCUGUUUCGGCGAUCAAGUUUUUCAGCGUGGACACACCAAGAUGCCGAAAGAAUCCUCAGCAAGCCAAGUCCGACAUCACUGUCGGCAACGUCGCCAAUGUCCAAGGACGCAGCGAUCGAGUGCCAGAAGCAAGCGGCGGUCCGACGACGCUUACGGAAUGGGCCGUCAAGAUCCUACAUUCUCCGGACCCAUACGAAAAGGUCCGUCUCACUUUCCAAGCAGUGGAUCUCUGGAACUCAGAGUCAAUCGAGGUUGGCGCAUGUGCUCCACCAGAACGACCUGUCCGCCAUGACAGACUCAAUUUCAUUGCCCCAAACAAAACUAAACGACUUGGAAAGGGCGGUAGCCUUGAAAGUCGCAUCGCAAUUCUGCACUCCUUGGCCAACAUUGAGCAAUGGGCCAUCGACCUCGCCUGGGACAUCAUCGCACGCUUUUCGUCAACGAGCGUCGUAGACUCCACCGGGCGAGUGCAUACGCUGCCACGCGAGUUUUUCACGGACUUUGUUCGAGUCGCUGGCGAAGAAGCCAAGCAUUUUGGGUUCUUGCAAGAUCGCCUGGAAGCCCUCGGUGUCAAGUUUGGAGACCUGGCCGUCCAUGCUGGCCUCUGGGAGUCUGCCCUGGAAACCAGCGAUCUCCUUCUGAACCGACUGGCGAUUGUGCACAUGGUUCACGAGGCCCGUGGUCUGGACGUCAAUCCCCAAACCAUCUCCAAGUUUGCCAAAGCGGGCGAUUCCCAGUCGGUCGAGAAGCUGGAGAUUAUCCACCAGGACGAGAUCACCCACGUAGCUUGCGGGCAGCGCUGGUUCACCUGGAUCACGGCUCUACAGGGCGUCGACCGGUACGAGACAUUUCAUGGGAUCGUCAGAGACCACUUCAGGGGCCCGCUGAAGCCCCCGUUCAACCAAGAAGACCGACUCAGGGCCGGCCUCGACUGCAACUUUUACUUACCGUUGUCGGAGAGGAGCGGAUGAGUUGCGGGAGUUGCAGGAGCGAAGGCAGAUGCUGAACCAGCCGCUCGGCGACAGUCCGUACUAACGGAGGACCAAUAAAUGGGUGCUUCGGCAUGGCCGUCUGACAACUGCAACGAGCGAGUAGGCUGCGAAUACAUCUGGGGAUUAUUCAUCGCC